UGGCGACAAUUCGAAUCCAAUUUGGUUACGUCUGCCAAUCCACGCUCAACUCCAGUGAAGACUAUUCCUCUAACUGGCUUGUCUCACAGUCCCGCGACCCCACCUCCUGCUACACCAACAACCCCAUCUUGUCGAACGCCAACUCCUACAAAUCCUUGCGGUGUAGGAGGUGAUCGUUCGACUCCCACCGGUCCCGUAUUUUCCCAACCACCGGCAUCUCCGGUGACAUCUGAUCAUAGUGGGUCGUUACCUCGUCGCUUUCCGAAUGUGUCCCUAGAAAACUCUACUUGCAUCUCUGCGGAAAAUGUACACACACUCACGGGUUCCUCGGGAUACAGGAACAAACCACACGGGGGAGCCCGAGGUGGAUUCGGUGGCCCAUUAUCGAGACACGCUAAUUUCUCGGGUACGCGUCCAUUGCCUUCACAAGCGGGUGCUGCUACGACAUCGGCCUCUAUCAAUACUAUUCCGUCUACGGUGGUUGCCACGGGUGCGAAUAGCGGAGGUAGUAGUCCGACAACAAUUAUUACCGCAACCCCGGCGACCCUCUCAUCUCAUUUGGCCGAUCGGUUGACCACUUCGGACUCUAGUAGCAACAACAACAAUAAUAACAGUAAUAACAUCAAUGAUACCAAUAUUCAAACGGAGAACAGUAAUAGCGUCACAUCUUUUGGAACCAAGGGGUUGACGCUGGAUUCCCAGGCGUUGUCAGCGGCUAAUCGUGCUGAAUCACCAACAGUCUCCGCACACUUCAAACCUCCAGUUGUAGCCUCGUCUCUUCGCACGCGACCACAAACGGCAGAUUCCAGUUCUAGAAGGGGUCGCAACAGCAAAAUCUCGGAGAUCAGCGGAGCACAUAGACCCAUUGCGCUCCCAGCCCGAUCCACAGUGCAAGUUCCUGUAUCACUUGAUUCGGACACCCCUCAACCACGGACGAAUUUAAGGCCCGAGACGACUGGCAGCCCAAUGUCAACACGGUUGUCCAGGUUGAGCAGUGAAUAUUCGAAAGAAACGGAAAAAGUUGACGUAAAGGGCGACUGUUCUGCAUCUCAUACUGUACUCGCACCUGUGCUGGAUGAAUCCACUAGUCCGUCACCUGCCCCGUCUUCGAUCACCUCCCAUAACAGUACACGCGCGGAGCACGAUGAUCCUGUUCCGGUUGGUGUAGCCGUCGGUGCCGACGGCAGAGCUAACGAACCAUUGGAUACUAUAGACAAACCGGUGACCGUUGUAGCUAUGUCGGUCAAUGUGACCAGUGGUCCACCGAGUCCACCUCUACGUCCUUCUAAUGGAGCCGAUACUCCAACGGCAAACGGUGAACACUAUUGGACACCUGAUCCUCCAGCAUCUCCCUCCAGUGGUUCUGUUCCGGUCCCAUCUUCCCCGACUUCUUUGUCCAAUCCGAUCCCCGUUACUGUAGAUGUGUUACCAACCGGUUUCUCUGGUCGGUCAACGUCCAAAUCCAAUUCUGCACAAUCUCCCGUUCGUGACAGUGCUCUGGGGAACACAUGCGAGUCACAUCCAUCUCGAACGCGGUUGGAAAGCCUAAAUGAUGUGGAUUGA